CUUAGAGCCUUCCUCCCUCCCUCUUUCUCUCGCUCCCUUUCUAUCCUUAUCUCUCCUCUCCUUACUACGGUCUUACUGCUUUUCUCCUUUGUGUGACUUUCAUCCUCUCUUUUCUCGUUACUAUGUUCUCACCCCCCCCUCUCUCUCUCUAUCUAUCUUUUUAACCUCCCUUCUCUACACACUCCACUCUCCUCUUUCUCUCUCUCUGUUUCUCAAACACGCGCAGCUAAGUUACACGCUUUCUCCACCCCCCAACAUCACAUACGCACUAUACACGCAUUUACACACCACACGCACGCGCACAUACACGCACAAAUCCACACCGAGAAUACACACCUUCACACUUCAUCCCCUCCCCCACACUUACACACGAACAGAAGCAAUAAUUCCGAGGAGUUUACUAGAUGGUGCUUUCAAGAACUACCACAACACUACAACUACUACCACCACCACUGUUAUCAGACACUACUCACAACAACACAUCAUUCUCACUAAAACUACAUUUACAUAGCAACCGCAACGGUGAAGGAGCUUCUAUGUGGUCACUGAAUUUGCUAGAAAUAGUAGCUACAAUUCUUUCAAGUUUUAACCUGCUGCGUAAAGAAAAACAAAACGGGAUGGUCCUGUUUGGAAUGCCUCCGAUCAUAGCUUUGUUUGAUCAAGAUUAACAUAGUUUUUGUUUUUUUUAAAAAGCAAUAAUUUUAAUUGAAGUAUUGCCAUUCGUUCAAUCAUACACCAAAUAAAAACCGCAUUAUCAAAUAUACCAACACUAUCAAUAAUUAAACAACAUUAUCACGAUGGUCAUUGGAUCUGCAAGAAAUAGCAGUUACGUUUUGAAAUUACAUGAAACCGCUCCUAAACAGGGCGGGGAGUGAUACAAAGGAUAAAUUAAUGUAGUAGACCGAAAAAAAGGAAGAAGAAAAAAAAAGACAGGGGUGGUCACGGGUGGAGUGCGUUCGAUCAUUGGUCUGUGUGAUCAACAACACCAUCACAGGAUUCUAUCUCGAUUCAGAGUUAAUUUGCUGAACUUAACUCUUCACAAGAACCGGAUUACCAAAAGGAAAACUUUCCAAACUGCUGUCUCCAAAAAGGAUUGGUCAGAAAAAGGAAAAAGGCUGGACACCAACAACAGCAAGAACAAGCUUGCCAACAGGAUUAAUUGCAACAACAACAACAACAACAACAGUGGGGUUAAUAACAGCAGCAACAACAAAAAAUGAAAAUAGAGAAGAAAGAUUAAUCUUUCUUUGUAGUGAGAUUGGAAAGAGACGGACAGAGAGAGAGAGAGAAAAACUGGAUGAGUGAGAUACACACACACACACAGAGGAGUGCAUGAGAACAAUCUGAGGGAGAGUAAAAUAGGAGAGUGACAUAUAUAUAUAUAUAUGAGAGAGAGAGACACAGAGAGAGAGAGAGAGACAGACAGACAGACAGACAGACAGAGAGAAAGAGACAGAGAGAGACAGAGACAGAGACAGAGCAUAAUCUAAGACAAAACAGAUAAAUAAAGGACAGAGUAUGAGCUUAAGGAAAGAUAGCUAGAUAGAUAGAUAGAUAGAUAGAUAGAAAGUGAGAGAGAGAGAGAGUGAGAUAGAAAGUGAGAUAGAUAGAUAGAUAGAUAGAUAGAUAGAAAGUGAGAGAGAAAGAGAGAGAGAGAGAGAGAGAUAGAAAGUGAGAGAGAGAGGGAAAUCUAAGGAUAUAUACAGAAGGUGAGAAACUGAAUAAAAGAGAGAUAGCAGAAAGAGAGGGAGAGGGAGAGAGAGAGAGAGAUAGUGAGUGUGAUCUAGGGAAAGAUAGAAAGGGUAAUUAGGGAGAGAUUACAAAAUCUUGAGACGAAAUAAAGAGAGUUAAAGAUGCAGGUCGUAUACAGUGGGGGGACAUCUACCCCUAUGUCCUCUCCCCGAUGUUACAGGAAAGAUAUGCAAGGGGGAGGGUACACACGACCAAUGGCCCCUGGUUAUGCCUUAAACAAUCACUAUUUUCAUCCCCCACCAUCACCAUUGACAAUCAAGAAACACUAUUCAAAGAGUAAGAAAUCUAACCAACAUGAUAAGUCGUUACGGAACUUCAUUCCUGCCAUGAAGAAACCAGUGGCCAUUACGUGUCUAAUCUGUAACAUCUUCAUUCCAGGUCUUGGAACUUUCAUAUCAGGCCUUACAUUAAAGUGUGGGUCUCGAGUUCGAAUCCCAGACAAGAGCAAGUCCAAGAUUAUCUUAACAAAUACCUGGGUGGCCACUUUGCAGUUCCUCACCACAUUCUUGCUUUUGUUAGGGUGGAUAUGGAGUGUUACCUGGGGUGUCGCCUUUCUCACUUUCUCAGGUAAGCAAUUUCUUUUCUUACCAUUUUUUUCUUCUACUUUUUUUGUUGUCAUCAUUCUCAUUAUCAUCGUCAUUGUUUUAAUGUCCUCGCUUCCAAACUUGCAGGGGUCAGACUGCUUUCAUAACAGUGAAACUCAUUUACAAUUAUCACAUGAUGCCAAGAAGAAGCAACACAAACACACACAAAAUAAACAUACAUAUUAACACGUGUUUGAAAAGCUUUUAACUCAAUAUGGAAACUUCCCUCCACAAAGUUCAUGCCAUUUGAAGUCUUUUUUAAAUAUAAUUCAUAAUUUUUAAUUUAAGAAAAUCUAUCUUCAAUACAUAUGUAUGUAAA